GCUACUGCCUCUUUCACCAGAGGAAAACAAGGCCAAUCGUUGUUUGUGGGUGGGUAUCUUCACCCAUCCAAAUUCCGCAUGAUAGCAAUCAUUGCCAAAUCCAAAACUAGCCAACUUGUCGCGGCUUGCUACGAAAUCAAGCUGUGCCGGCGGGUCUUGGUUCGUUUCAAGUCUGAAAGAGGCUGACGACGCAAAGCUGGACGACCCUCGCGUCCCGUGGAGGCGCAGUCGAUCGGUUGCCGACCACAAGCUUGCCACCCCACAAAACACGAAUCAUUCAUAGUCGAUCUAGAGCUCGUUGUAGACAGGGAUCGUCUUGAUGGACAACUACUAUGGUACUGUUUUAUUUGUGAUGGUUGGGUUUAGUGGGAGGUUCUCUCUCUCCCUUAACCUCCUGGCCAACUUUAAAACAUAUAACGAUACGAAGUAGAUCUCUUCGUAUUUAAGAUAAUAUAAGGUAAUACUUACUCCCCGUUACUUCUUUUCCGGUAGGUAUAUGUCUCUUUCUCUUUACUAUUAUUCCGUCGUCUGUUCUGUCUAUAUACAUACUAUUAGAACAGUGAAUAGUAGUUAUUCCUUUUUUCCUUUACCAGUACCUAUCUAGAACAACAUGUUUCCUUCGUUAUCUACUUUCUUCACAGUCACCGCUGCCUUGACGGUAACGGUUUAUUCCCUGCCGCAGGAUGGCAGUUAUGAUGGUGGAUACGGGGGUUCGGUCUAUUCGUCGACCUCUUCCUUCGCUUCAGUAACCCCCAGUUCGACGGCGUCCGCCUCUGCCGCCUCUUCGACGACCGCUUGCAAUAACUCGCCCGACCUAUGCAGCCGCUCGUAUAGCGAUAUCACUCAUAUGGGAGCUCACGAUUCUGCCUUUCUCCGAGACGCAAGCACGAGUAAUUCGAUAGCUGGCAACCAGUACUUCAAUGCUACUGUUGCUCUAGAUGCAGGGAUCCGAUUAUUGCAGGCCCAAGUCCACGAUCUGAAUGGCGCUAUCGAACUAUGCCAUACGUCUUGCAGUUUACUCGAUGCUGGGACUCUUCAGACUUGGCUAGCCUCCAUUAAGUCGUGGAUGGAUACUCACCCGAACGAAGUGGUGACCCUUCUGAUUGUUAACUCUGAUGGCAAGAGCGCAGCCGAUUUUGGGACCGUCUUCAGUGGCUCGGGUAUCGAUACAUAUGGAUACACGCAUUCAGGGACUACAUGGCCGACGUUACAGGAAAUGAUCAGUGCGAAUACGCGACUGGUGACUUUUAUCGCAUCUAUUACGGCGGAUAGCCAAUAUCCAUAUCUGUUAUCCGAGUUUGAUCAUGUCUUUGAGACUCCAUACGAGGUAACAUCACUUUCGGGCUUCAACUGUACCCUCGAUCGCCCAUCCUCCCAGAGCUCGGCCGGCGCUGCCAUCCAGGCUGGGAUGCUGCCUCUCAUGAAUCACUUUGCAUACAACUUACUCGCCGCUUCGAUCAUGAUCCCCGAUUCAGACAAUAUCACGAUCACAAACAGCCCGUCGACCUCUACCACAGGCAACUUGGGUCUGCAUGCUCAAACAUGUAACGAGCAAUGGGGCAUCAAGCCCGUGUUCAUACUGGUUGAUUUCUUUAACGAGGGACCGGCAAUCGAGACAGCAGAUAACCUGAACAGCAUCACCGCUGUUGGUCGAUCGAAUGCUGGCAUAACCGCAACAGUUGCGACAGCUACUGCUGGUCCGAAACGCCAGGGUCUCGGACUUGGCACCGAGGCCUUGGUUGCUUUCCUAGUGGCCUCCUUGUUACUUAUCUGAUAGGCCGGUCUGGAUCUGGAUAUCACAAGAUAGAAAAAGCCAGUCCCAGUCCCCUGGCUCUCGUUGUUUUACUGCAUAGCGGUGGCGUUUCAUUGUUUUAGGAGAUGGCAUAAAUGUUAGUAUUCGGAGCAUAGGACAGGCAGGUACUAUCAUAUGGAUUGAGCAUAGGGGGUGCGUGGCCAAAAAUAGUCUUAGAAUGCUCUUUAUACCAAGAAUGAGCUCUAUAGAGUUUGGGACCGUGGUAUAUACAUAGGUCUAGAUAUUAGGGACAUAAUAUACCCUGAUUAGUAGUUAACCACCU